UUCUCAGUCUGAAGACGAACGUCCUGGUAGCUGGUGGUUCGCCGCUCCGCUCGAGACCGCUCGUGCGUGUGUGCGUGUGCGUGGGUGUGUGACGCGCGCGGCGAGCGCAAGACGGCGACGUACGUGGACGGUACCCAGUGCCAAACUUGGGGCCCAAUUUGCCAUCGCGUCGCCCUUUUUCGAGUCAUCUUCGCUCGCGAGACGCCGAUCGCUACGAAGCAUCGAGUCGGCAAUCGAACGAGAGCAGCCUCCGCCAUUUUCGCCAUCUCCGCGUGAGGGGCCCAAUGAGGCCCACCGGUGCUGAUACAGAGGUUCGCACGGCUAACGCCUGCGGCCGCGCCUCUGGAUUCCACAAACACCAACACGCGAACCGCAAAGAUACUUAUUGAAUUCUCGCCGCCGGGCAUCGUCCGGGCCGUUUUCUCCGCUCGUCGUUCCAAGGGUGUUUGCAUCGGCCUGGCCGUGAGUGUACAUGUGCUGAGUGUGCGUGUGACAGCGGGUACACGUGGAGGUGUGCGUCAGUGAGGGACAGCGGCAGCGGCGACGCCACUGCGAUCGCAUACCAGUGAGGCCCUGGGUCCGGUAACGAGGAGGGGCCCAGAGAAGCCUAGAGCAAACUGAAAGGAAGCAACAGAGACGGAGAACGGGUGGGGAGACGUUAUAGAGAGAAGAAGUACGAAAGGAAAGAAAGCGAACGAGCGACAGAGAGAAAGGUAGAGACGGUGAGGGGAAAAAAGAGAUAGGAAGAGAACGAGAGAGUAAAACGAGGCCCAAUGCUGGUGGGGGAACUCGCAAGAAGGCGGCCAUAAUGGCCUGACGCGAUCUCGAGCGAGCGGCUACAGCUGCUGCGAAAUAUCUGCGCCGCCGAGUUCCUCUCGCCGUAGCCGCGCGCUACGUAUUUUGCAACAUCGUGCUGCGACGACGUUAUACGCGGCGGUACAUCGCCUCUGCCUGCCUUUGGAAAGCAGCGACGGUUGCGAGCGUGCUGAGAGUGUUACCGGGUGGAGUCUCGUGUCGUUCGCCGCUGCGAACGUGUCGCGUGUUUCGCAUACUCUCAAUGAGCUCCUGAGUCACGUCCGCGGCCCGACACUGUGCGCGUGGGAAGCAAUUCACCGGCUGACAACGUUCAGGAAGAAUCACAUCUAUGAGUGUCGCUAUUGCUCUCAGGAGGACCGACGCUCAUCGUGGGACUGACAUAACUCGCAUCAAAGUAUCUGAAAGAUUUCUCCGCUCAACAGAAUCCUAAGCUACCACAGUACUUUGGAAAUUGAAAGUAACCGAAUGAUAAGAUUAUCAUAGCCACCUCUGAUUAGAUUCAUCUCACAUAAGGCAUGAUUGUUAAUUCUACAAUGUCUAAAUGAAAUUGAUGUCAAAUUUUAAUUGCGCUUGCAAUCUUCAAAUUGUAUGUUAGUAGAAUCUAAUCGAUACGAUUAGUUAAACAUGAGGGGAGCUAAUCAAGAUACAGCAACGCCGUACUGUCGGUGUAGGGUACUCUACCUAGGUAGCUCAGUACCUCAUGCAAGUAAGGAGGGUCUCCUGGGCGUACAGGAACCUCUGAGAGAGCUCUAUCCCGAGCAAGGCGCGUUGGGUGCACGUGGGAUCGAUUCUUGGUUGAGCGUUUGGAGCAACGGCUUGCUGCUGGAGAAUGUCGAUGAACACCGCAAAAAGGUCACACGGUUCUUCCCCAUUGAAGCGCUCCAUUAUUGUGCUGCGGUCAGACACGUCAAAGGCGGAAAUGGGGACGCGUCCAGUACACGAUUCUUACCGUUGGACUCGCCAUUCGCGCGAACACCCAGCGCUAAUCAUCCACCCUUGUUCGCCGCCGUAUUACGAAGAACAACCGGCAUCAAGGUGCUCGAAUGUCACGCGUUUAUUUGCAAGCGUGACAUGGCGGCCAACGCGCUGGUAAGGUGCUGCUUUCAUGCUUACGCUGAUAGCGCCUAUGCGAAAGGUCUGGAACCAUCAUCGGCGACGACUAACGGUGUCGUGACGGGUCAACACUCGAACAACAGUCUCUAUCAUACUUUAGGCGGUUCUAGCACCACUUUGGACAGUCCUCAAGCGACCCGUUUGGACGCGUCGGCGGACGAGCUUAGUCUAUAUAAUGGCAAUGAGAAUCACAAGGUUUGGGCCAGGGGUCGUGAUGAAGUCGACGGUCUUUAUCAGGAGCAAGGCACCUUGAGAAGCACCAAGGGAUCCAGACCGCGCCAACUAGUCGCCCCACCACCGCCGCCUCCACCACCACCCCCACCUGCUCAACCGUUGUUGCUGGAAGAGUCUACCUCUUCAGCCCCGCGACGAAAAGCCAACAAGAAGCUCAAGAAGAUGAAGACUCGCUCUUUGCAUGAGGAUGCAUUGCAGCAACAACAGCAACAGCUUCUUCAUCAUCAGUUGCAUCAAGGGGUGUACACCAACGGCCACGGGCAUCACACUCUGGGUCAUCCCAUCAGGCAGCAGCACUACCAUCCUCACCCGUUGCCACCCAGUAGUCGAUCAGUCGCUGGUACUUUGGCCAGACCAGCGCCAGUGCUUUUAGUACCAGCGGCCACUUUGCCACGAAAAAGCCAUCAUCAUCCGCGUUUAAGACCCAUUCCGGCGGCGACGCCUAUAGUCCCGGUCUACGCUCCUUUACCAGUGGUACCAUCAUCCGCACCAGCGGCGGCCAUUUAUCCAGCUGGCACGUACGGCACUGCCGGGAACAGAGGCAGGCGGCAUCCGGAAGCGGACAACUCCACCUUGGGCACGUCUAGGAGAUUGGCCGCCUCGCAUGCCGAUCUUACCGCGCCGGAAGUCGCACGCGCGGCGGAUAGUCCGGAGAACGAGUCCCGCUUCGGCACCGGCAUUUAUCGGCGGAAGGGUCACCUGAACGAGAGAGCAUUUUCUUACAGCAUUCGCGCAGAACACCGAAGCAGGAGUCACGGUAGCCUGGCAUCACUGGGCUUCAGCGCCCAGAACGGUAACGCGCUACCGAAGGAAGAAAAGAAGGAUCGCGAGAUCGCCCAGUUGGUCGCCGGAUUGAAUCUCAAUGAAGGUCCGGAACGGACGCAAGCUUCAAAUUCGAGGGGAGGAUACGCUCAUCACCAUCAACAGCCGCAAAUGCAACCGUUGCCCAGGCCGAGACCCCGUUAGAACCGUUGUUUUAGACUGGCUUCUAGUGUCAGGAUAUUCAUAGAUUUCUGGGUAAUUCAGAGCGAUUUCUGAAUUCGUACGAAGUAGAAAAUCUGUGGCUCAAAAGAGCUAAGUGUCUUCAUGGCCUUGGCGUCAAGUGGAUAUAAAUAAUAUUUUAGGGAUUUUUUUAGCUGCUUUGUCAUAAAUUUAUCCAUUAAUUGAAGUAUAACUUCCUUCGAUCGCAAAAUUAGAACGCUGACAAUACAACAUCCAACUGCUUAACUGGUCGUUUCAGUAAUUCUAGAAUAAUAAUAAAUUGUUAAUAAAUUACAUCAUAACGCGUUGCGUUUGAUUAUAGAAACUUUUCGUAGAAUCUUCUCUAUUCUAUUUACCGAUGACGUUACCAUAGGCAAUUGUUCGAAAUGAGUCUUACAUUUUCCGGUCGAUCGCUUUGACGCAAGAACGACUUUGGAUUAGCAAACGUCUUCUUGCAGAUUCCAAGUGUGCAACUGGCACUACCGUAACGAACGAUUUUACGUUCUGUCAUCGUGUCACGCGAAAAAAAUUAACAUUGUGAAAUGUUGCAAUCUUCACUGUCCGUAAGCACAUUUCACCUGGCAAUAUUAUAGAAACAGGUACAUUUUGAAUUAUUCUUCUUAAUUAAUUUAAGAAUAUUAAUUUCGGAAGCAGAAAAAACUGUAAUAUUUAUUUUCAUCUUUUCCGUUGUGGUCUCAAAUACAUUAAAUGUAUUUCAUAAAAAAAUAUCGUAUAAAAUUAAUUGUAAUAAAUUAUAAUGUAAAGAUGAAGAACCAGUGAAAUGUCUUAGAUUGCAUGAUGACAUAACGUCUACAGAAACGCAACGACCUUCCUGUCGCAGAACCAGCUAACUAAUUAGGCAGUAAUUAUUGCCGCCUUAUGAAGGAGACAGUUCUGCUGCUUGAAGCUCAUUAGACGAAGGCGCGAAGCAUGGAGGAGAGAGACUGUCGCAUAAUAUUUCCUCCGUGAAAUCGAGUCGGAAGCUUUGCGAAAAAAUUGCAAUGUCGCCGCAUUGAAAAUUAUUUCUUCAGUUGGAUAUAUACAACACCUUGAAUACCGAAGAUGCUAAAUUGCCCCUUUCAAUUUUUAUAUAAUAAGCACACAAUCUUACCACACAAUUAAGUAAAACGCUUUAUAUUUUCGAAAUAAUGCCGUUUUAUAUUUUUAAUGAAACAUAAUCUGAAAUUAUUGAUCGUACACAUAUAAUUUGCGUGAUUCACGCAAUUUGAAAUCAAGCCACAUGUUGCAUAAAGAAGAGAUAAAGUCGUCUUAGAAGUCUCGAUAUUUGCAUUUGUGGAAAAACACGUCGCGUAUAUUGCAUCGACCGAGAAAAAUGCCCUUGAUUAUGACAUUUUGCGGUCACACACAACUUAUACUGAAGUUUUAUCGUAGCAUAUUAGCACCAACGUCGUAAGUAAAAGCUUAAGCAUAAAAAGAAUCGCGACCUCGCUGAUACCGGUCGUCGAAGCAUGUAUCUUUCAGUGCUGUUAAGACUUAAAAAUCACCACAGUAUAAGUAUAUGUGCUUAUUAUAAGUAUUACAUAUGCAUACAACUUGUUAUUGUCGUCGAUGGAAGAAUUAUACGUGACGUUUCGAAUAUUUAUGUGAUUCGUUUGACGAAAACAUAUUCGUCGAGACAAGAAAAAGAGAGAUGCGAAAAGACAAGAAAAAGAGAGAUCACAUUAUAAAAACCAUCAAUUCUAUAGAUAAAAUAUCGUCACUAAUGCGUUCAUCGAUUAAAAAUAUUUAAUGCGCCGAGAUGCUUUCGCGUUCGCGUCAGUUUAGUGAUUGCAGGAAGAUCUUAAUCGCUCGAUCAUUAUAAAUAAUAUCUUUGCUCUAACCACUUAUAUAAUCCAUCGUUGCUGCAAUAUUGUUUAUCAUUUUUCUUAGCCUACCGAAUUCUCGAAAACUUACUCGAAUUCUGACAAUUUGCGAUUCUGUCUUUUAAAUGUCGCUCAAAGUAAAAAUAGGAUAUAAACAACAAACUGCGAAGAUCAUAAAUGACUCAUGUACAUAUUAGUAUUCAGCAGCUACGCAAGAACAAUUAUUCGUUAUUGCGCAAGUUGGACGUAAUAUUCAAAUGCUGUUCAGAUGGGCCUUUCUCCUUCGAUUGGACAUCGAGCGCGUAUUACGAGCUAUAAAAACAGGCUUCCGAAUUUCUUCGAUGGUUACGCAGAAAAGGAGACCGACAAGAAACAGAAAGAUAUUCAUGAUACAACAUCCGUAAUUUCUUCGAGAUGUGGGAUUAUAUCGUAUUGAAAAUAAGUUCAAUAAUAUUCGUGAUAUUUUGCAACGAGCAUAACUAGGCAUUAUGUAAAUUAUCUUCGCAUUUCCAACGGAAACGCGUUACGUAACCGUUACAUUUCUGUCGUUCCAAACCAGCAUUAGAGCGGAAAAAUGAUAUGUGAAACAAACCAGGUUUUAUAUAGGAAAUUAUCAACUACAAUCUGUUUAUAAAGGUGACAUCGCCGUUUUAUCGACGCGCAUCUUCGAGCAGAAAGUUGCAGCGAUACGUAGGCAUCAUCGAUGCGUCAUCACUGACUCGUUCGCGGCGGAAGUAUUAUGCAAAUCAGGAAACGACAGGCGGGAUUUUUUCGAGAUGAUCCUCUCCUUGAAUCUGUUCGCUAUAGAGAAAGAAAGCUACGCGUUUUAGUAGAAACUGCAUAUUCAAGCAAUUCAGCAUCGUUUGAAAUGCCAAUCGAUUGAUUGCUCGAUUGUAAAAAAAAAAA